AUGACCAAGGAGAUCCGAUUCCCCGAUAAAUUCAUGUGGGGUGCCGCUACUGCCUCGUACCAAGUUGAGGGUGCAGUGAAUGAAGGUGGCCGCGGUGCCAGCAUCUGGGACGCAUUCUCACACACUCCGGGCAAGACCAAGAACGGCGAGACGGGCGACGUAGCGAUCGAUCACUACCACCGUUACAAGGAAGAUGUGGCGCUUAUGAAGAGUAUGGGACUCAAGGCUUAUCGCUUCUCCAUCGCCUGGCCACGUAUCAUUCCGGCCGGGGUGGGUGAGGUUAACGAGGAAGGCGUCCAGUUCUACGACAACCUCAUUAACGAGCUACUCGCUAACGGUAUUGAGCCCAUGGCUACGCUGUACCAUUGGGACUUGCCAUUGUCAUUGCAGACGGAAUUCGAUGGCUUCCUGGGUGAGCAGAUCCAAGAACACUUCGCUCAGUAUGCUCGAGUGUGCUUUGAUCGAUUCGGUGACCGUGUCAAGAACUGGAUCACAAUGAACGAGCCAUGGGUGGCCAACUACAUGGGCUUCGGUUCGGGUAUGUUGGCUCCUGGACGUAAGCACAACAAGCACUUUGAGCCAUACCUUGCGGGUCACAACAUGCUACUAGCACACGCUCGGGCGGUGGACGUGUACCGUAAGGAUUUCCAGGAGACGCAAGGUGGUCAAAUCGGUAUCACGCUGAGUGCUGAAUGGAAAGAGCCUGGCCCUACCGACGAUCCGGAACAGAAGGAGAAAAACGUUGCUGCAGCGGAGCGUGCGAUGGCGUGGAGCUUCGACUGGUUUGCCGAACCAGUGUAUUUUGGCGACUACCCGCAGGUCAUGAAAGACCGCUGCGGUGAUCGCCUGCCGAAGUUCACUGAGGAGCAGAAGAAGCUACUGAAGGGCAGCUCCGACUUUUUUGGGCUUAACAACUACAGUUCGUGCUACGUCAAGCCGUCACCUGAGUUUGAGGAUGGCGUCCCACCUCCGAACGACAACACUGGCGGACUUGAGGCCGAUGAGGGCGUCACCGGAUACCAAGAUCCGUCCUGGGUGCAAACUGGAGCACCAUGGAACUACGUGACGCCUUGGGGACUAAAGAAACUCUGUUUGUACAUCCACGAGAAGUAUCACCCGAAGAACGGCAUCUACAUCACGGAGAAUGGUUCGGCCUGGCCGGAUGUGACGAAGGAGGAGGCCCAGCAAGACACCCAGCGUGAGGAUUGCUACCGCCAGUACAUUGCCAAUGUUCACGAGGCAAUCACGGAGGGUGCCGAUGUCCGCGGCUACUUUGCAUGGUCGUUCUUCGACAACUACGAGUGGUCAAUGGGCUACGGCAUCCGUUUUGGCAUGGUCUGGGUGGACUACGAGACUCAAGAGCGCGUGCCGAAAAAGUCAUCGUACUGGUACAAGCAAACAAUCGCGGACAACGGAUUUAGCAUCUAG